UCUCGUUGUAUGUUUUUAUCUUCCGCAGUCAAAGACUCAGCUCUCCUUCCUCCCUUCCCAAAUCCGUCGGGUUUCUCCUUCCCGAUCGCCAUGUCCUCCUCCCUCCUCCUCCUCCUCCUUUCUCUCUUCUUCCCUUCCUCCCUCUCCGCGGCGGUGACUGCCCAAUCGUCGGCCUCGCCGUCCAACAGCUCCACCGUCUACGACAUCCUCCAGGAGUACAACCUCCCUCCCGGCAUCCUCCCCGACACCGUCAAGUCUUUCUCCGUCGCUUCCGACGGCUACUUCGUCAUCGAUCUCUACGGCGAGUGCUACGUCGACUUCGAGUACGUCGUCUACUACGCCCCGCGCGUGUCUGGCUUCCUCGGCUACGGCUCCGUCUCCAACCUCGAGGGUGUCCAGAUCCGGAGCUAUCUCAUCUGGUACGGCGUCAGCUACAUCAAGGUCGACCUCCCCUACUCCGAUUUCGUCUACAUCCAGUUCGGCUGGGUCACUCGCAAGCUCGGCAUCGACCAGUUCCAGCACAUACACUCUUGCAGAGGGAAUCUCUCUCUGUUUCAGCGCGCCAAGAAGGCUGUCCGUUCAGCGUUAGAGAAUAUUUUUGUUCCCCAACUUUGAGCAAGUCGUGUGAAAGAAAGAACCAUCUUGGCAAACAAGGGAUUCCCCAAGCUCCUAGAACUCAUCUGAGAUUGGCUGGUAGCACGUUUGUCAAGGACUUGUAUUAGUUCAUGAAAUAAUGGUAUGUGGAUGUUGAUUUACUCUAUCCAUACCUGUACUUUUGUCGAUUUAUUCUCUGUACCUUCAGUUUGAUCACUAGAAGUUACAGAAUAUAUGUUUAGUUUUCGGGAACCCAGAAGAACGAGUCAGUAUCUAUGAGUUUUGUGAUGCUAGUUAAUUUUAUUUUGAAUUAUUAUUACUAUCCCCUUACUGAUUAUUGCGAGCUUAUUUAUCUCUCCAUAGCAAACUGAGUAGAAGAAAAUAGUAGGAAUUCACAAUUUGUUGUGCCUUUCAAUGACAAAUCUCCAUGGUAUAGAAUAAAUGCAAACAUGCAUCUAUUUAUUUCUUUUGUUUUCUCUACUUUUCUAUACAUGAAUAGGUUGGUCGUGGCUCAAAAUUAUAUAGAAGGAUCGAAAUAUUUAAAUUCUAAAUAAAUUCUUUAAAUAAAAUGCCUAUUGGGUUGUCGGAGGACUAACGCAGGUGCAGAAAAUGGCUGAGAAGCCUCGCUUUGCCGGUUUCUUCUCGGCUGGCACUGCCAUGGCAUCGGAGCCAAGCUCAGAGUCCAAAGCUGAUGUGGAUGCCGACGCUGCAUCUGUGGCCCUGGGCAUGUCAUCGUAGUUGCGCUUCAUUCCAUCCAAGGGAUCUUGAUUGUUCCAUAUGCUUCCCGAUGAUCCCUGUCGCCGGAAUGAUACCGUGGAUCGUUGCAGCUUAGACAUUCAUAACAUGCCUCUUCUUCUCCUUGGUCUGAACUAAUUGAUUUUGCUUGGCUCUGGUAUUAGUUUUUUUAUCUCUCUGGAUGGCAUUGAUCGAUAAGAAGGCAUGAUUCUAGCCAUGAAUAUUAUUGGCAACCAGAGCUGCGGUUCCCGCGUUUGCUGCCCUGUAGAUAGAUAAUAACUAAAUGUGUCGUUGGUCCUUUAAUUUGUUCCAUCCCACUUGUUGCGCAAUUAUUUAAUUGUAGGUUACUUGAAUAUAUUUUUUAAAAAAACAUAUAUUAUGA